AGAAGCUCGUGAACAUAUCUCUUCACACUCAAACACUCCCUCUUCUUCCUGUGUUUUGUCCUAAACCAAAAAAAAAACCCUAGACAAGGUAUCAAAAGCAAGAACACUGCAGGAGAAAGAAAUGGGAGGAAACAACAACAGAUCACACAGCAAGAGAUCGUCCUUCUCUCUCCUGAGCUUCUUCAAACCGCGAAGGUCUCACCGAGUCGAGCACGACUCGUGGGACGACGUCGUUUACACCCGCAAGGCAUGGGCCAGCGACGAGGACAAGCGCUACUGGGUGGCCGAGCCAGGCAUCGACCGGAAAGCCUCCGCCUUUAUAGCCAAGUUUCAUGCCACUAGGGUCUCGGAAUCGGAACGCCAGACCCUUCCCCCCUACCAAUCCGAAAGGGCAUGAGGAGGACCGAAGAUUGAAACAUAUAUCUCUCUAAAAAUCGUUGUAUAGUUUGUCUCCUCGGAUCUUUUUCAGACAAGUGUUGCCAUAAAAGAAAAAAAUUUGUUGAUUCUGUCUAGAAAAUUAGUCCACUACAUCUUUUUUUUCCUCUUAUUCUUGAUUUCUCUCAUUCUUCUUCCUCUUCUUGCUCCCUGUAGUUUGUGUGGACUAUUAUGUCAAAAUAAAGAGAUUCGUAUAAAAACGCUGUUUGUAUAUA